UUGACUAUUUUCGUUCCUUCGUAGAGACCAAACGAUAAUAUUCAAGCCGACAGCUGAAAAAAGGAUGAUUGAAUAGUGUCCCAUUUUGGCGCUCUUUCAAUUCAUAUUUUAGCCUACCCCCAGUAGGAAUAGUUUUGUCACGYGUUUCUAAUGGGUUGGGAGAUUUUAGUCUUGAGCCUCUUCACUUUGGCGCAAUUUUAGGCUUUUCUCCUGUUCAUUUAUCUCUGUCCUAAUACGUAAACAGUUCAUUUUAUUGCCUUGAGAGGUGUAAAAUCAAGUUUUCGUACAGACUGGAGGAAUCUUAAUUUAAUUUUGAUUGAAUUGUUUGGUAGCUGACUUGUUUUAUCUGUUGUCUACCAACAAGCAACACCAACCACAGCACUCUAUCGUAGCUAUCCCAUCCGUUUGAUAACCACUACGAGAGAUAAGGCAGUAUUCAUCUGCACUGACAGCUCAACGACACGGGGGACCUGAUCUGCACUUAAAGCAUCUGGCCCUAAGAGGUAUUUUUGCUGUGACCAAAUCACUUCUAUCUUCUCGCAUUGGCAGCCAUCUUGGAAUCUGUUGAAGGCGCGAAACUCGUGUUUUUCAUCAUGGCUGAAAGAGAAGGCAACAUGCUUACUGAAGACGAAAAUACCUCUAGAAACGGCGAAGAGAACUUCAAAGAAGAAAUAAAAGAUUAUGCAAAAACAACUAUGAAUGAACUUCUCGGCAUGUUUGGGUAUGAUGAGGAAAUCACCAGUGAAUCAGUAGAUAGUCUGGAUAUCAAGGUCCCAAGUGGUGCUGAUGAACUUAAAGGUACAACAUCUACUGCAGCUACACAUAGGCUUGUCAUGACUACAGCUGGGAAGUCAUCAGCUCCUGUGGCUAUGACAUCAGUUUCCAUGUCAACCACUCCACCGAUUGUUCUACCUGUAUCAGAAGACUCACCAAGUGAUACUCCCAUCAUUGUUAAAGUUGAAGGAAAUACAAGUGUAAGUGACAUCAUACGACAACAAAAUGAUGUAGCUGCAGCUAAUGUAUCUCCAGACCCUCCAGCAACUGAACCAAACAAGGUUAUACAGUCAAGUACUCCAUCUACUGCCACUUCUGUGAGCCAGUCAACAGUAGUACAACCAGCACUGAAAAAACAACCAAUCACAACGCAAAGGUCUCGGACUUCAUCAAGUGAUUCGAAAAGCGUCCAGAGUAGUACUACUACUGCUACAUCUAGCAUGUCUACUGCACCUGUCGUGAAGAAAUUGUCUUCUUAUUUACAGUACAGUUAUCAGCUAAACCAAAAUAACCGUCCAUGUACCUGGUGUAAGAAAAGCACUCAGCUAAAGAACUUCACCUUCAGAGAGGAUACUCGUGUUCUGGAGUGCCGUGGCAUCUGUAGUGAAGAGUGUUUCGAGAAAGCAGCUCUGAGUAUCGAUGUGAGAAAUGCGAACAUCAAGGCUAUGCAGGAGAGAAUCCGACAACUGCGUGAUACAAAAAGAAAAAAGUUUGCUUCCUUUUCGUGGCCAUUGUUUGACUGGGAGCAGUACCUGAGGGAGACUGGGUCUAAAGGCGCUCCAUGGUCUUUCUUCAAGCAGAGUGCAACCCCGCCACACAAUGGCUUCAAGCCAGGAAUGAAGUUAGAAGUAUCAGAUCCUCGUAUCAUAAAAUGUACUUGUCUGGCUACUGUUGUAGCGACAUUUGGACCGCGUAUCAGAUGCCGUUUUGAUGGCACGGACAAGUCUAAUGAUGUCUGGCACAUAGUGGACUCUACCGAGAUACACCCUGUAGGAUGGUGUGAGGCGAACGAGGUUAUACUUCAACCCCCUAUAGGUUUUCGUAAAGAUGUUGGUCGAUAUCAAACGUUUCUUGCAAAAACCUUGUCUUCUCAUUCACCUGAAUCAAUUAUCGCUCCUGCCAGAAUUUUUAAAAAGGAACCCGAUGGCCCUGAGAAGAACAAGUUUUAUCCAGGAUUGAAACUAGAAGCCAUGGACCCAAAGAAUCCUGCCCUGAUCUGUGUAGCUACUGUGGGGAAGGUAGAGGGAGAAAAGAUACGUGUGGACUUUGAUGGUUACCUUGGAUCAGACUUUUGGUGUAGAUUUGACUCUCGAAAUAUCUUCCCUGUUGGCUGGUGUGCAUUAAGUGGGCAUCCCUUGCAACCUCCUGGUAAUUCGAAAAAAUGGUCCAAAAUGCAAAGCGCUACCAGAACAAAAACUUCAAAAGAACCAGAAGAAGCAACCGGAAACAGGUCCGCCCGAACCCACACAACUUCAUCCGCAUCCUCAUCACCUCAUCUCACAUCACCAGCACAAGAUUCUAAUACGACAUCCACGAGUUCUUCUUACUUAGAAGUCCGGCAGUCUCACUUGAAUCGCCUGUCAUUCCCUACUGUAUGCGUGUAUGUCAACCACGGCUGUAAAAUCGGUCAAUUCUUGGAUCCCGAGAAAGUGUCCCGAUUGUUACCGCCCUACUGGCGUGGUCGCAUCUCAGAUGUUCUCAAACCAUGUUUACAGGGGAUAGUCGAUUGCUCGUACAACCAGCCCACUGUAUUCGGCUUUCUAAGGCCUGGUACUGGUAAAACAUGUAUAGUAGCCCGCGGUAAUGGGCAGAAAUUGAGCUGUAUGUUACAGACCAUAGACCGUGUACGUAUCUUCUGGAAAGUGUUGGACAGGUUCAUUGAGGAUUUACGGUGCUGCGAAAACUUUAUGUCAAGCAGUCAAAUCAACGGCGGGUGCAACAAAUGUCAGAGAACAUCGGUUUCAAAAGGCAGAGCAAAGCGGCCUUCUACAGAAGCGAGCGAAGCCCUGCCGAGCAAGACUCUUAAACUAUGUGUCCAGGAAAUCGAUGAAAGUCCCCCUCAGGUUUGUUCGACUUCACCAGCCAAGACGUGGACAGUCGAUGAGGUCAUUAAAUACAUGGAAAAUACAGAACUCGCUGAUUAUACCUCACUGUUUAAAAUACAUGAAAUAGAUGGCAGGGCGUUGCUUCUGUUGAACCGUGACAUGAUCAUGUCAUACAUGGGUCUAAAGCUGGGACCAGCCAUCAAACUACUCAGCAUCGUGCAAGAACUGAAGCCAAAACAGACAUGUGAAGGCUAGACCCUUUUAACACAGUUUUGUGGACUGUCACAAAUACCUGCAUGAUUAUUUUCCUUUAUUCGUUCGUGCUGUAAAGUAUCCUACACAUGCAAACAGCCUUCCCUCCUUAUGGACUGGUUUUYACUAGCGACAUACGCAAGGACAGAUGGCCGCAUAUUUUGUACUACCCAAAUAUAAAGGGGUUACUUAAUAGCGUUUGUCGUUUAUGCUUGUAUCGCUAGUAAAAACCAGGCUGUAUAGAGACGAAGCAAUCCAACAUCUUCAGAAUCUUGGUAUGCGCAUCAAUUACUACUAUAAAGAUAAGGGGGAUUAACAGCUUACCCUUGUCCCUUUAUUGAAAUGCGCUAGAGUUAUUUUAUUUGGCCCGUCAAACGAAGUUGUCCUUAUUUAGUUUGUUCCUUUAUGAAAAAACAACAGAAAUUAGCCCUGCCCCCACCCACUUUAAGAACUACUAUUAGUGUCUACUACUAUGUAUUAUACUUACUAUUUCAGUUUCAACAUUAAAACAGCCAUGAAACGAGUAA